AUGGAACAAAUCAGAAGACUUGAAAGUGAAAUGGACUUCCUCAAAAAUGAACACUUUGCCAGCCCUAUAGUUUGUGACUUUGUUCAGCCUUCUUUGGAUCAGUCUCCCCACAAAGACUCUGAAGACAGUGGAAAGAAUUCAGUUAUACAUAGUUUGGACAAGGGAGAAAACAAGGAUGUCCAUCUUUCAAAAUCAGAUGAAGUUGAUUCCACUGUUCCUAAAGAGAAUUUCCCACAUUCUUUCCCCAGGAGAGAAAGAGAAGGAAUACCAUCUUCUUCUCCAUCAAGUAAAAACACAGUCCAUUUUGAUAAACCCAAUAGGAAGUUGUCUCCUGCUUUCCAUCAAGCACUACUCUCUUUCUGUCCAAUGUCAGCAGAUAGUUGUUUAGGAUCAGAGGUGUCUCCGAUUGCAGACAGUGAGACGAGCAUCAUGCUAAUGCUGGGGCACUGCCUGCCGCACAUCAUCCCUAAUGUGCUGUUGGCCAAGAGAGAGAGAAUGGUUUUACACCUCUGUCAGGAGUUGAUCCCCCUCAUAUUGUGUGCAGCCUGCCUGCAUCCUGAGCCUAAGGAGGGAGACCAGCUUCUCCACAUACUUUUCAAUUUGAUCAAGAGGCCAGAUGAUGAGCAGUUGUGGAAUCUGACUACUUCUUUGGGAAAUAAAUAUAAUGUUGACUUGCUCAUUUUUAAAAUUUGGUAUCAUGAUUACCUUUUUAAUCUUCAUGCCAUCUUUUCUUUCUAA